CGGCGUCAGCAGAAGGUGGCAGGGCGUGCUUCAGGAGACGCGAUCUCAGCGGUGGGGGACCGGGACCUCCGGGCUGUGGACGCAGCGUUCUCGCGGCCGCCUCAGCCGUCGGGCCCCCAGCUCCCCGCGCGGAGCCGCCUCGGGGCCUAGGCCGGCCGGGGCCGCGGAGGGCAGGGGCCACCAGCAGCGAGAGGCAGGUGCCCCCGGCGGCCGCCGCCGCGAUGUUCAAAAACACGUUCCAGAGCGGCUUCCUUUCCAUCCUGUACAGCAUCGGGAGCAAGCCCCUGCAGAUCUGGGACAAGAAGGUGCGGAAUGGCCACAUCAAAAGAAUCACAGACAACGACAUCCAGUCUCUGGUGCUCGAGAUCGAAGGGACGAACGUCAGCACUACGUACAUCACCUGCCCUGCGGACCCAAAGAAGACCCUGGGCAUCAAACUCCCCUUCCUGGUCAUGAUCAUCAAGAACUUGAAGAAAUACUUCACUUUUGAAGUUCAGGUUCUGGAUGACAAGAAUGUGCGUCGGCGGUUCCGGGCCAGUAACUACCAGAGCACCACUCGGGUCAAGCCCUUCAUCUGCACCAUGCCCAUGCGGCUGGACGACGGCUGGAACCAGAUCCAGUUCAAUCUGUCCGAUUUCACCCGCAGGGCGUACGGCACGAACUACAUAGAGACCCUCAGAGUGCAGAUCCACGCGAACUGCCGCAUCCGGCGAGUGUACUUCUCGGACAGGCUCUACUCCGAGGACGAGCUGCCCGCCGAGUUCAAGCUCUACCUCCCAGUUCAGAACAAGGCAAAGCAAUAACCUAGAACCGGAACACGACAGGAGGAAUAAGCCCUGGGCCUAAUGCUUAAUUUAAAAGGAAAAUAGCUGGAGGACAAUGUGAAAUACAGACAUAUUUAGAUACAUUCGCUGUGCUAGGGUCCGUAGUUGCAUCGUAAGUAUGGUGGGAGAUAAGCAGCUCUUGGUCCAGGAUGUUUAUCCAACACUUUACUAAGAACCUGCCCGGUGGGUGACAAGCCAGCGCUGGAAUUUACCCUCAGGGGCCGUCCCGGACGUGUGCAGGUGGUAUUUACCAUGAAAGUGCAGAGUUAAGUGUGCCGCCCUGUAAAGCAGAUUCAUUCCAAUAUUUUCUCUUAAUGGUUUCUUGUCUUUUUGUUUUAUAUAUUAUCUAAAUAUAUAUGUAUAUCCUAUGUAAUACUUACAGUCUUGAAGUGAAUAAAAUGUUUUAUUCUGUUUUUAAG